AUGAGUGACUCGCUACACAAAGAGCGUUUCGCGGAGAAGACGACCAUAGGAUUGACGCGGCUGAUGCUUGCGGCCAAGGAAGGCGACCUGAGACGCUGCCUCAGGCUGCUGGAAGCGGGUGAAAUUGCCGACGAGAAGACCCCGUUCGGCGUCUCUCUGCUGCACUUGGCCAGCGUGAAUAAGAAACACGGCUUGCGCAUCGUCAGACACUUCCCGCAGCUCGCCUGCAGCUCUCUGAAGGACGUGGAUGGCGAGGAGCCCGUCCACUACGCCGUCAGGGCGGGAAACUUCGACCUGGCCCUCACGCUGCUCGGCACGAGGAACAACGGGAACCUGCUGCACUUUUUCGUGGUGGAAAUUUGUCUUGAUUUGGUCAAGCUGAGCCACAGACACGACAAGAGUCUGAUCACGAAGGUUGACCCUGAGGGCAGGAAUGCUUUGCACCUGGCAGCCGAGCACGCCGACCCGGAGAUUUGCGACUGGCUGAUUUGCCGCGGAAUCGACCCGAAGUCCCUGAGCGUCGAAAAGGCGACGGCUCUGCACCACGCCGUCCGAAACGAGCGCCACGCCAAAUGGGUCAUCCGCUACCUGGCCGCUUGGAAGGUGGACGUGGACGCGAGGACCCCGGCUGGCCACACGCCCCUCCAAUUGGCGCUGUUGCUCGAGAAAACCGACCUGGCCCAGGAACUGCUCAACUGCGGCGCCGAAUUCGAGGAGGACCUUCUCCUCUUCUGCGUUGAAAGGAAUAAAAUCCAAAGCGCCCGUUUCGUGCACUUCAAGGACGAGAAACAGUUGAAGAAAUGCGACUCAAGGGGAAGAAACGCGGUGCACGUGGCGGCGGAGAAGGCCUGCAGGGAAAUGUGCGAGUGGUUGGUGCAGGUCGGGGUGGAGGUGACGGCCCUGAGCGGCGAGAGAAAGUCCUGCGUGCUGCACCACGUCGGGCUGAACAAGCAGCACGGAAAGAGUCUGGUCCGCUUCUUCACCUUCCUGGGAUUCAGUCUGAAGAAACGGGACGAGCAGGGUGAGACUCCCCUCCACUACGCUCUCAGGGUCGGAAACCUGGCGGUUGCCGAGGAAAUGGUGAGACGCGGCGCCGAUUUGAGGUCGGAGGUGAACGGCCAGAACCUCCUCCACUUCUGCGUGCGGCAGAACAAUUUGAAAGGCGCCCAAUUCGUGAAUUCGAAGGACAAAGAACUGAUCAGGGCCGACGGGAGGGGAGGGAGGAACGUGAUGCACCUGGCGGCCGAGUUCUCCGGGCGGCAGAUGUGUGAGUGGCUCUUGGAGGAGGGCGCCAGGGCGUUCGUGGCGAGCGGCGAGUUCGGCAACAACGUGCUUCACUUCGCCGCGCUGAACCAGCGCCACGGACGGCAACUGGUGCAACUUUUCGUUUCUCCGCAGCUCGGAUUCAAGGUGCACGUCAGGAACAAAAUGGACGAGACGCCGCUGCACCUGGCGCUCGUGUGCGGCAACCUCGAGGUGGCGGACGAGUUGCUGCGGCUCGGCGCCGACACGCAGCUCAAAAUCGGACACGAAAACCUGCUGCACUUCUGCGCCUGCUGGUCCAACACGCUCCCCAGCGCCAAAUUCCUGCACGACAGGAACCAAAAACUGGUCAAAGAGUCGUGUUUGGGCGGAAUGACGCCGCUGCACCACGCCGCGCAGAGGGCAGACCUCGAGUUUUGCCGAUGGCUCGUCCACGCCGGGGUCGACGUUCACGCCCGCACCAUUUAUGGAAAAACGGCUCUCGAUUUCGUCCCGCGAAACGAUGGCAAGAUCAGGAGCUAUUUCAAGUCCCUUGGAAUGAACACUUAA